AGACCCCAGUACUGUAGGACAUCUGGAGUGAGUUUUAUAGAUCACAAGUUCACAACAACUGCAUUAUCUGACAUGCUCAAGUACAUAAACUAAACAAGACAAGAAAACUGUCGUUGGUUACCCAACGGUAACUAAAAUGUUUGUUUUCGCAAACAGUAUAUGACAGGUCAGGUCAACUGCGUGUGUAAGCUGCUGAAUAUCUCAUCAUCAAUCCUGUGCCGUGGUUCAUUUUAAGGGUUUUGGAGGGUUUUUUGAUGACAUUGGUAUGUUCUACGCAUGUGCUGAUUGUUUUGGAGUUGUCGGUUAUGAAAUGAACGACGCAUUGGAACGAAGUAGCGAAAUAUGUCGAAUAUAUUGUUUGUCCUCAUUAGGUUGAAAGCUUAUACUAAAAAAGUAAAAUAAAAACAGGAUACAGACGGCAAGUACAGGAAGAAUGAGAUACACGAAUGUCUUUUGUGGUCGCUACAGCCUUCGAACAGGCGUGAAAACAAUGGCAUGGUUUUACAUUACUUUGUAUUUCAUCAACUGCAUCUUGAACAUUGCUUCAACCGACAUAGCAGCGAGUUAUAGAGAAAACGUGAACAAGGACUUUGAAUACAGCAGAAUCCAGUUACUUAUAUAUCACUAUAUAUGUCUCACUUUUGGUAUUGUCACCAUUUUUCUGUCGAUUAUUCUUCUUGUUAAAUUUACUGAGUCAGAGGAUUUUCUUCAUUUCACGGUGAAGUGGAACAUUAGCAGAUGUUUCAUUGCCCUCGUUGCGAUAGUAUACGUCGCAGUAGAAAUGAACCAUAUCUUGACUGUCAGCUUAUCAACUAUCAUCAUCAUGAUCGACCUUUGCGCUUCGGCUUAUUUCACAGGUGUUGUGGCAUCAUACAUUAAAGAACUAGAACAUCCCAUUGGACAGGUGGCAUACACCACACAUACUGGUCGAAGAACUGCCUGUUUCUCAAAAGAAAAACGAGCCAGAUCAAGUGACCUACGUGAAUGAAAAGCUCGGGACAUCGUCGCAGUCGGCCGAUGAUUUUGAGGAAAUAGAGUUGAAAGACGACAUCGGCAGUAAACCGGCAACAUCGCAACCUUCCACGUCAGAAAAGACAAACUUGGGGAAUUCCCAGUUAGACGGAAAACCUUUGACGAAAGCACCGUCAGAUCAAGGCGAGACAAACGACAAGGAAGGAAUGUCGGAAAACGAAAUUGAUGAAGAGAAAGAAAAAAGCCCUGAACAACAAAAACAAGAAAACGACACUGCUGGCAAAACUGAAGAUGAUGCCACAGAGAGCCCAAAUGUCGAUCAAGUUAAAGAAGACCUUUCUUCCAAUCAAAAAGACGGAAAUGGCAACGUUGCAACACCUAUAUUUGUGGUCAUACAACCAAGUUUGGAGGACAAAUCGGAGGCGCUAUCGAAAGAGACUGGAGAGGACAAGAGCAAAGAAAAUGAAGGAUUUGAAGAAACUCCAUGAAGACAACGACAGCAUGCAUGUUAAUGUGAAAUUUACAGAGUAAAGUGUAAAAUUCGAUAUUUAUUGUUCGGAAUUCAUCGAAACUCCACACGGAGGGCGAUUCUCUUGAUUACCUUUGAUUAAAGCAAGUUUAUAAGAUGGGAAAGAUGAGAAGAAAAUGCGCGGAAUUUCAUCCAGGGCAUGCGUUUCUUCUGAUUUUAAAAUUGAGAUGAAAAUAUUCACAAUGAAAUUUUUUUUUGCCUAUUUUGCAAGAAGCGGUAAUUCGAUAUCGACACAAUAUUUGGCACUUUCACUAUUAUUCAUAUGAAUAAACUAACGAUUAAUUAGUUGUGAGAAAGAAGGGAAUGCAGAAAAGAUUUAGGGAUCUAGGGAAAGUCGAAAUAAUUUGCAACAGUUAAUUCUUGUAGUCUGAUAUACAAGGUGUAUCAAUCAAUCGUGAAAUUUCAACGCCUGAUAAUCAUGCUAAUCCCAUCGGUGCAUUCCUCUUUACGUUUUGCUCUUAUGUCGAAUUACCUGGAGCAGAAAAGCUUUUGUGCUUGUGACAAAUAAAGUAUUAUAUUCACGUAGUUGACAAAAUGCACCACCGUGGAUUAGCAUGGUGAUAGGCAUAGAAAUUAUCACGUUCUUUAAUUUCUAAAGUUUUUCUUUCUUCAUACACCAUGUAUGUUUCCAUUUGAAAUACCAGUAUAGACGUUUAUAAACGAUAGCAACGUCGUGAAAGUAUUUCGAAUGAAAAAUUGAGUAAAGCUAUAUACAGAAUUUAUUUCUAGUAGCGCUAGUGAAUGUUUUUGUUUGUUUCUGAAACAUCUCUUAAAGUAUUAGAAAAUCUGUAAAUAGUUUUGCAUUAAUUGAAUAAAUAUGCAGCCAGACAAA